AUGGCCCUCUUGUCACACGCCGUACUUUUCCUCUUCGUCGCUGCCGCAACCACUUUCUUACUGCCACAGGUGGUGGGGAGUGUGUUCGGCGUGUUAUUUCGGUCCCUAGGGUGGUUGAUCCGGCGCCGAACUCGGUCGCGCAGGGAAUAUGUGAUUGCGCGGGCGCGAUCAGAGGAGGCAGAGUACAGGCCUCCUCCCCCAAAGGCAUCCGAGAACUCGUUGGCCCGGAGCCAAGUCGACGAUGAGGACUGGGAGAAGGUGGAUAGCUCUGGUGGGGCGAAGACGGCUGGCAGCAGUGACUCUGACAAAACAAAGAACGACGCCACCGAAGCUGAUGAGUGGAAUGGGAUCAUUGGAUUCUUCCAUCCUUUCUGGUAUGCUCUCCUAUGA